AUAGUGGUGGUGUUAACGGCCGGGGAAAAAAUUAGGGAAAGUUUAUUCAAGCGUACUAGUAAUACGGUGAAAACGAAUACAUAACGCGUUCGCAUUUUUUUCAUUCUCAGUCUUACAUUGAUAAAAUGAAUCCUUUUCAUGGAGAAAAACUACAUUUAUUUACUUAAUGUGUGACAAAAGAUAAGAACUGGAUCAAUAGACAAAAAAGGAACUUGCCAAAUAAGUUAAUUGUUUAGAUCGGACACAUUUAUAUUAACGAAAUACGGAUGUACAUAGUAGUUUAUACGAGUGCUAGUGUAAUACAAAAAACAAACAAAAAGAACUACAACAUGAGUACAGACAGACUGCCAUUGACUGACAGAAUAAGAAAGGCUUACCGAUUAAUGCUGACAAAAUUCUUCUGUAUUAUAUUCGUUGUUUUUAUUGGCCUGGUGUUAGCGGCAGUCAGACUGGGUUGGGGAGUAAGAGAAGCGCACAUAACCGGAUGUUAUCUCGACGAAAGAGUCGCAAUCGUGUUAGCUGUUAAGGGUGGUCUAGAACUAAUGUUUUGGAUACCUCUUCUCGCGUUUCGAAUCUGUAAUGUUAUCGAUAGGGCUGGUGAGAAUCGUUGUUUCGAAGUAUUUACCUAUACGUUUGCAGUGAUGCAGUUUAUCAUUCUUAUUAUUGAAUUUGUUUGGUGUUUUGGUAACUACCAUGACAAGAAGACAAUCUGUCCUUUGAUUGAUCCGGGCUGGAAAUACUUCUUUGUCAACUUUGGUAUCGUCACGACGGCUAUAGACCAUGCUGCAUGGAUCGGCGCCAUGUUUGCAUUCGGUUACUUAAUGUUCGAAACGUGAAUAUAAUGAUGGCCGAGAACAGAAAGAAGUAUAAAAAACGUGUAAAUGCCUGAUACAUACACACAAUUACAUACCCUGCCUUCUUUUACGAUUAAUUUUAGCAUGAUUAAAUCACAAUAUCAACAUAACGUAUACGGUGAGGAUAAGAAUACUAUUGGGUCGCACAAAUCCACACUUAUAUUUAAAAUGAUGUUUGAUUUAAUACCAACAUACAAAUCAAGAUGUACAUGGCAUGAUAAGCGUUCUCUCCUGAUUUAUGCAAUUAAAUUACAUGUAAAAUGUGUUAAUAUAUGUGUAACGCACUUUGCUGCACAACAAAAGGGGGUUAACAUUACUUAAUAAAACACUAGAACCAAUGGAUGGUUUAGGCGUUUAAACAAUAUUGAUACAAUUUUUUUUCUAAUAUACGUGCAAAGUUAAAUUUUUCUUAACAUGUAUUGAUGAACACAUUCUAACAAAUACGUCAUAUGCGAUGUAUCACUACAUGUUCUUUGAAUAUGUCUUGCCGCCUUAUUCAGAAUGUGAACUAUAUUAUAUCGCAACUAUGCUAUAUAUGCAAUAUUAUUAUUUUUGAUUUGAAUAUUAAAAGUAGAUUAUAAUUGCAAUAUUUAGUUUACAUACAAACUCCGCUUGAAACCCCAUUUAAUGUCUUAUGUCGCUCUUUUAGGUCGACCUGUACGAAAUGUUCCGCCCGGAAUCGGCACGGAAUCGAAAACUAAAUUCCGGGCGCAAAAAAUAUUUCCGGGCGUAUUUUUCUAUAUAUGAUAUUAAGAAGAGGGGCGGAUUCCGGGCGUAAUCCGGGCGGAAAACAGUGACGAAAUAUGUAAAUGAGGUGGGACGGAAUUUUAAAUUACGGGCGGAAAGCAGUUUACGGGCGAAAUUCAGAUUACAGGCGGAAUGUUAAAAUUACGGGCGUAACUUAGAUUACGUGCGAAAUUUAGCUACCGGGCGGAAAUCGGAUAACAUGCAUAUUGUAAAUAUACCCAUAUAAGGACAGGCCAUUUGAAAAAAACAAAAGGCGAUCGCAAAAGCUCACCAUGAGCACUUUGUGCUCAGGUUAGCUAAAAAGUAGUCAAAAUUAUGAUUAGAUACAUUUAACAUAGUAUCUUAAAUUUAUAUUUAUUUUAAGAUAAUACAUUUUAAAAACACGGAUCACCAUUUUAUACUUUAUACUUCUGCAAAUGCGGAACAAAUGCUGAAAAUCCCCGCAUUUUUUCCGCAGUCGCAAAAAAUGUGGAACUUAUGCGGAAAAUGUACGCAUUUUCGUUCCGCAUUUUGAUGAUACUUUUAAGAUACAAUGUAGCUUUUAAAGACAUACAACAAAAAUAUUCAAUAUAUAUACAUAAAAAAUAAUUUGAUAGACAUGCACUUUUUAAAAAACAAACUGUUCUUAUACACGGCCAAAAUAAAAAAGUUCACUCAUUCACAUUAAAUGCGUUUUUUAAACUGCUUUCUUGAGUAGGAAUUCCUCUCCGAAUCACAGUUACUGUAUUGUUCAGGUCCACGAUUCUCCCCCAUCCUAAUAGUCAUAAUCUGAAAUGCAAUUUGAUAUUUAGUACAACUACAGUUCACCUAUUUCAAAUAAUGUUAACACCUUAUGUAGAAUUAAUUGCUUUUUAAACUUGUUAUCUUAUCCAGGGCCCCAGCUAGGAUUUAAAAAAAGACAGGGUCCAAAUUUGGCAAUAGUAUACUUUUAAACGUGCGUGGCCUGUGGAAUAUUUUCAAAUAACAUGUGCUAUAUAUGCAUAUUAUUUAAUAUUACAUGCAUUUUCAUUUAAAAGAAUAUUUUUUAAUUGAUAAAACUAGUUUCACUGUUAAAAUAAAAUUAGUAUAUUGAACAUUCAUUGAAUAUUCUGUAAAAUAAUGUGAUCAGAACCAAUUAAAGACAUGUUGGGGGUCAAAGGGGGCAGGUUUGGAUCUUAGUGCGGCAAGGUACUGAGACCCCCUGUUAUUCAGACCUAGCCAUGAGGAUCACAAAUCGUAUUAUUCGAAUUUAUCUUUAUUUUGAACUUAACUAUUUCAAACUAAUAAUACAAUAACUUGCAUAGUAAAAUUGUGAUUUACCUAUCAACAAAUCCAGCUUUCCUUUGUCAAGGACCGCUUUGUGCUCAUCAUCCUGGCGCGGCACACAGAGCAAAUAUAAAAAAGUUCAUUUUUUCACAACAUGUUUUUUUCAACACUGUGCUUUCUUGCAAACAAAUUCUUCAAUUUGUGAUGUGGCUUUUGAGGUCCGAGAUGCCACCAGCAACCUUUCUCCCUAAUACUACGACAUAAUCUGAAAAUGAAAUGUUUAUUUAAGUACUUACUAUAUAUUUUAAAGAAAUUUGUGUAUUUCAUUUUAGUUUCAAACUUUGUUGUUUUUCCUUCAGAUGCCCGUCUACUUUUUAUCAUCCUUUUACAUUUCCCACUGGGACAGUACACAAUUACAAUAACAAUUAUUUCAGUUAAUAAUCUAAAUAAAAGAGGAGUAAAAAUACAAACCAUUUAUGCUGUUCUGCAGUAUUCCAAAAACACAGGAAUUUGGUGAGACCAAAUCACAGUUAAAAUAGCCAAUUUGAACCUCUUUUACAACAAACUUAUUGUUCAUUUCCACAUUAUAUGUAUUAAAUACAAAUUGUUUUUGACACAGUACUCCCCGCAAGACAUUUUUUCACUACAGUUUAGUCCUCAUUUUGCUUAAGCAUUAUACUGAAAAUUUAGUUCAGAGUCAGUAAUUUGCUAAACUGCUCUAAUGUUUUCAAACAGCAACUUCUGCCACUCACUAAUUCCUGUACCACUAACCAAUCCACUGAAGCCUGAUAAGCAUAGAUGGUUUAUAAACAUGAACAGAUGUGACUCACUCACUGUGUUCAGUGAGUAUUGAAUGGGCAGCACAAUACCAGAUCAACUCAGCUGGUUGUCAGUGUUUAUCUGAGAUGAAAUUAACAUUGGUAUAUUUAUGUACAUGUUUAUGGUCGUUUCAGACUGGGGAAAUCUUAACUACUAUAAAAAAAAUAUAUUAUAGAGUAACAUGCAGAGAAACCGCAUUCAUAUUGAUGAUAUAAACAAAUAAUAUUAAACUAGACUUGUGUGUUUAAUGUUAAAAGAAACCUUAAAAUGAUGAAAACAUUACCAAGUCUCGUUCUUUAUUAAACUUUACAGUAAUUAUUGUAAUUAUGAAAUAAUUAUUAAAAAGGAGCAAAUUUUUUUAAAAAGAAGAAGAAUUAAAGGAGAAAAUUAAAAGAAAUAAGUGCAAAUAGAUUUAUAAUGCAUGGUCAUCCCUCAGACUUAAAAUUAUAAGUGGAAACUGUAUAAGUCAGCAAUAGAUAAAAUAUAUUUAAAGUUAAAAUGUGUUAUUGUUAUCACCUAAUAUUUUUUUACCAGCAAUGCCAAUAAUAAAAUCUAAGAGUAUAUUCAUGAUCACAAGUUCACAAGUCUGUCUCCUUUUCAGCUUCUCACAAAUUAAGUAUAAAAAUACUACUCCAUCAUACAAAUUCUAAGUAUAAAAAUACGCCCGGAUUUGUUUUCGCUCGAAAAAAAAAACAGUUGAAUUACGCCCAGAAUUUUUUUUAGUUCCGUGCGUAAAACUCAUUCCGCCAGUUGUACGGGCGUAAUUCAAACAUUACGUGCCAAUUCCGCCCCGAUUACGCCCGGAAUCCGCCCCAUUAUUUCGUACAGGGAUUCAUGACGAAUCAAAUCCCAACGCAAGACAUUGCAACGCGACACAACAUAUCACAAUGUAAUUAUUUACCGGUGUUUUUUAAUGUCCUAGUCGAGUGUCGAUAUUGAUUACCGUGUUUCGAUUAUCAGAGAAUACCUAGCUGUUAAUCUCUUAAGAUUUUUAGAAUGUAUAUGUAUUAUAAUAUUGUAAAAUUGCGUUCAUGCCAGUAAAUGUGAUAAAUUACUUUUAAUAUGCGUUUUAUGAAAAUAUUCACAGAGAAUUGCACAGAUACAACAUAUAGAGAGUAAUUUACGAUAAUUCACAUUUAAUUCGCAGUUCAGGAUCGUGUGUUUAUUUCUAAUCGAAGCUUAUUGAUUGUAUGAAGUGAAAAAAUAUAUUACAAUCCAAAGCACCAGCUGCAUUAAAAGGAGAACGUUAGAGCAUUUGUCAACAUGGCAUUAAUGAAUACGAACGCUUCUAUAAACAAAGCAUCAACACUGUUACUGUUAUACCCUUCCAAAAAUAUGAUUAGCUAUGCUUAGAUCUUGAAGGAUCUACUGUUAUUGUGUACAAUUUCGUUUAUCAUGAACAACGUUAUAAAAAAAUUUUACAACACGAAGUUAUGAAUCAGCAUAAAUCACACUUAACUAUCAACCGUAUUUGCGCUUUAAAAAAUAUUGUCUACACUACAUUUAUUUUUCGCGUACUAAAUAUGCAAUAAACUACAAUCGACAGGUUUAAAGGCUUUGUUUCUAAAACCGUUUAUUAUCGUAUCUAAACGUAUCGUUUGACAGUAAGAGUAACAAAGGAACAAUGCUAACAAGUAUCGUUUUACAAACAAAAAUCAAGUUUCAGUGUAACGAGUUGAUUUAAAUCGGUACGUUAAGUUGAUUUAAAAUGUUAGUUUAAUUUAAGUUUUACCUUAACAUAAAACAGAAGCGCGUAAGAAACGCUUAUUUAUAUUGCCUUAAAGUUACCAUGAUCAGAUAACAAAACGUACAUAUACGCAUGUGAACAAGUUUAAAAGGUUGUGUGUUAAUAAAACUUUGGAGUUUUUUUUCUACUUUAAUAUGAAUGCGGACAAGACGUCCCCUAAAACUGUUCUCUGUGAACCGUGUUCUAACGAAGGAAAAAAGAAUGCGGCGAAAUGGUACUGUACUGACUGUGACGAACGAUAUUGUGAGCAAUGUACCAAGGGUCACAAACGAUAUAAGGUGACCAUGGGACACCGACUUUGCGAUCUAAGUGAAGCACCGUCAGUUAAUCUGAAAACUUUGCUACAGGAUUUGACGAUCUGCGCCAAGCAUUCUACAGAAAGUGUUGAAUUCAUUUGCAUAGAUCACGAUGAGGUAUUUUGCAACCAAUGCGUAAUCACAUCUCACAAAAAUUGCGGCAACGUUGAAACAAUUGAACGAGUAAUGGAUAGCAAAAAUUCAUCUUUCAGAGAAAGUAUUUUAUCAGAAGACGGAAUAGAAUAUGAUAUAAACUCAUCAUCAGGAUUUUCGUGCAAUACGCUCAUAGCCGAAGAUUUCAGUAAAUCAACGCUACAGAGGCUGGGCAAACUCGCCGAACGGUUGUUGAAAACGAAACAGCAGUGCGAGGAGAAGGAAAUGGAAAUUGAAAACAUUUCUGAAACGGCUAAUGAAUAUUUAAGCACUGUGCAUGCGAAAUUCGAAGCUGCAUUCGCUAUUCUUAAAGCAAACGUAUUAGCCUCAAUCACAAGUAAACUUGGAUUCAAAAGAAAGGCUAUGAAUGAAUGCAAGAGAAAUUCUAAAAUGCUUCUUGAUACCAUAGAUCAGUAUCGCAGGAGUUUGGAUACGAUUCAAAUACACGGCAAUUCUAAGCAUGUUUUUCUGAAAUGCCGCGAACUUCAUCGUGAAAUUCACUCUCUGCGUACUCAGCAUGCAGAACUGGACCGGGUUGCAUCCCAGAAAAUCCAUGUAACGAUCGCCAGUGUCACAGAUCUUAAGCAACAGUGGAUACAUAUCUUGAACGACCAUGUAGAAAACAAUACUAAUUGUUUCAGUAUGGCAUCUUUAGACACUAAAGAGUCACAUGAGUAUGUCGAGUCGACCAUGGGCCCGUCCAUCACACAAGUAGCAGAGUUCACACCUGUCAAACAGAACAGGAAGCGAAACCACUCGUCCCCAGUUCAUGGAUCCGCGAAGAAGGUAAAGGAGGAUGUUGCUUGUGAAAGUUCUUCUAGCGAUAAAAUGAGCUCCCUGUCUGAGCCGGUGUCCAACGAACUUCAUCCAGUUAACUCUGAUCUCAAGGCCCUAUUAUCAAAGCUCUCUACUGACAUAUGUGCCAUGAAUAUCUCGAUAAACAAUCGUAUUGAUCAACUUGAAAGUUCCAUAGAGCAAAAGUUGACCCAUAAAUUUGCACAACUGUUGGACAAGAGAGUUAACAUUGAGCUGGGUCGUAUUAAGACGAAUGUGCAAGAGCAACUUGACUCAUUUAAGGAGAAAAUUACUGAAGAGUUACAAGAAGUCAGUGAAAAGUGUUCCUCAGUCACGGCUGCAGCUGGCGGACCCAGUGGUGGUCAGGAUAUCUCAAAGAAUUUGGUAAUUCGUGGCCUUCCCUAUCAUGAGGGAGAAAAUCUGAACAGUAAAGUGAUAUCUAUGUUCAAAGACGUAAUGAAAUGUAAUGUGCAAGUAUGCAACACACAGAGAAAGACAAGUGCUAACAGUUCCAAGCCGGGUGUUGUUAUUGCCACCAUGCAGUCACAAGAAGAUAGGCAGAAAGUGUUGAAAAACAAGUCAAAGCUGAACGAAAGCAGAACUUAUUCUGAUGUUUACAUCCAGUGCGAUCAAUCGCGAGAAGAGCGUUUGAUGAUGAGUAACUUUAGAACCUUAGUUGGCGCAAUGAAUGCCGAGGGGGUGAGUGUUCGAGGGAAUCGUGUGGUGCGAAACAGGCCAAUGUCGAGUGAUGACAGGCAGAACCAAGGAACUAGUCAUUCACAGGGUGAUGGCUCACAGCGCAACACUGGGUGGAAUGGUCCUCGUGGUGCUCCUCGACGCGGUGGGUCUUCUGGGCGUGGAACCAACAGUGAUCGGGGAUGGCAAAGAGCACAGCAGAACAGAGGAAGACGAGGAGGAGACAAUUAUUAG